UACCCGCACCAAACAAUACCAUUAUUUCACGAACAGGCAGCCACGCAUUUGCAACCUCUGGAUCCAACCUAACAAUGGCGAUGGCCGGUUUACAGCGACUCUCGUCCCAAAUCUCCCGAAACCGAUCAUUCUCUCUCUACUCCAAAUCACUAAUCACUAGAUCCUCCGCUUCAUCUUCAUCCUCCUUAACACCAUCGUCCAAGAAAGUCUCCGAUCGAGUCGUGAAGCUCUUCGCAAUCGAUCUCGACGGCAAGAAACGCGAGAUCGUCGGACUCUCAGGGCAAACCCUUCUCAAAACCCUAGCUAACAACGGCCUGAUCGAUCCGGCCUCGCACCGGCUCGAGGAGAUCGAUGCUUGCUCAGCGGAGUGCGAGGUUAACAUCGCUCAGGAGUGGCUCUUGAAGCUCCCUCCGGCGACUUACGACGAGGAAUACGUUCUCCGGAGGAAUUCUAGGGCUAGGGUUUUGAACAAGCACUCCAGGCUUGGAUGCCAAGUGGUCCUUGCUCCGGAGCUUCAAGGGAUGGUUGUGGCCGUGCCUGAGCCGAAGCCCUGGGACAUUCCCUAAAAAGAGGACCUCAAUUUGAUUACUAUGAAAUUUUGCAGGAUUGCAGAAUCCCUAUUAGGAGUCUGAGGUUUUGUCGCACAGUGUUAUGACUUGAGAGUACUUAGUUUUAAUGUUUAGGAAAUUGGUUACUGCUGAUGAAAAAUUAGAAGAUGGAGUAUUGCUGAUGGAGAAUGAGAUCACUAUGGAAAAGGCAAAUCAGAUCUGAGAAGAUCUGACGUGGUUCAAAGGUGAGUAUAAGAAACAGUACUUGGGAUUCUUUUGGAAUUGUGGUGCAAAUUGGAUCUUUGUAAUAAUAUAAUGGAGAGAAAUAGUGAUUGUAUUUUCCCAAUAGCUGGAUUAGAUGUGGUAACACCGGUUUAUGGGGAUGUUUGGCAUUUAAAGUUGUGAAAAGUUGAAUAAUAAAUGAAAGCUUCUUCCCAAUGGAUAACUAUUGUUAGAAAUGGCUACUUUCGAUUUCAUUGUGAAUCAAUGUAAUUAAAAUAUUUUAUCUUCUGGGAGUUAAUGUGCCUACUGUUAAGUAGUUAAGUAUGUGAACUUGCAUAUCCAGUGAGUUUUUUACUUCUUUGUAAUUGUUGGAGGAUGCUGUUGGAUCUUAAUGAACGCAGUUAAGUUUCAGGAA